AUGAAGGUUGAUAAGUCUUACCGAGAGCUCGGCUACAACUUUCUCGACCUCGACCCGUCUCGCGUCAAGCAAGUUCUCAUCAAUCUACUCACCAACGCCCUCAAGUUUACCAAGUCAGGCUCCAUUCGGAAUGUAUCAGUCAGCAUCAAAGCCUCCCGAACACGGCCCACGGACGAAGAUUCUGCGGUCACUUUCAUCCCGCGGUCAUGCAAAGAGGAAUCGGAAUAUGAACAGCCCGCCCUUGACGACCGCAAGGACCCGGUGUAUCUCAUAUUUGAGGUGAAGGAUACCGGCCAGGGUCUCUCGGAAGAUGAGAAGGCGAACCUCUUCAACAGGUUUGUGCAGGCAAGCUCGCGUACACAUGUGAAAUACGGCGGUUCCGGUCUGGGCUUGUUCAUAUCAAGGCGCCUGACGGAGCUGCAAAGGGGCGCGAUUGGCGUAUCAAGCCUGCCAGGUGUUGGAUCGACGUUUGCCUUCUUCAUCGAGGCGUACGUCCCGUCGGAAGCAUCGAGGAGAGAGGCCGAGUCUGUGGCCGCGGCUGUAAGAAUGACAACAGCGGCCACUGCAACCAGCACUCCACUCUCGGCACCGAGGACCAAAUCCAACGCAAACGACCAGAGGACACAUGGCUCACGACCAAAGCCAAACAUCCCCGAUCCUCGCCUCGAUGGCAUUCUGGUUGUGGAGGAUAACCUAAUCAAUCAGCAGAUCACCAGGAGAGGCCUCUGCGACCGAGGCUUCCAGGUUGAUGUGGCCAAUCACGGCGUCGAAGCUUUGGAAAGGCUCAUGCAGUCCACGUCGCUGCAGCAUCAGGAGGAACAGGAGUACUUUAGCCGCAGCGUCUCGAGCAUUCAGGGCCCCCCUGUGCCUAUCAACAUGAUCCUGAUGGACAUAGAGAUGCCAAUCCAGGACGGCUUGACAUGCACAAGACGCAUUCGAGAGCUGGAAGGCGAAGGGCAGGUGUUCUGCGCCAGUGGCGGCCGAAUUCCCAUCAUCGCCGUCAGCGCCAACGCCAGGCCGGAGCAGAUGCAACAAGCCAAGAGCGCGGGGUGUGACGACGUGCUCGUCAAGCCCUAUCGGAUGCCGGAGCUGAUUGAGAAGAUGCAGGUGGUCGUCCGUCGGAUGGGGGGACUGUCUCCAGCGUCGCCCGUACUAUAA